CCCCUCCAACACUGGACGAGGGAACACCAUACGCUCUAAAAAGCGCCAAAUAGGGUGGCGUGGCGCCCCGACGAGCUAGAUAUUUAUUAUCUUCUGCAGGAGUACCUGGACCUUGCGGUGCAGGAUCCGCCGAAGACGUACAGCAGCGACUACCCCGUCGGAGGCCGUGGUUUCAUUGCCAUGUCCAACGGUACCGCGUACCCGGACGUGCUGUCGAACGUCGACAUGCCCGGAAGGACCGCCCCCGCCGCCGCUGCCGGCUCCCGGCUCAACAUUACCGUGUGCGACCCCGUGAAGCAGGACCAGGGGAUAAAUGCCUACAUCACGUACAAGGUCCACACGAGCACCGACCGCCCGGACUUCCAGUACGGGCAAUUCACGGUGAUCCGGCGGUUCAAGGACUUCGUCUGGCUCAGCCACCGCCUGGAGGAAGAGUUCCCCGGCAUGGUCAUGCCCGCCUUGCCGGUGAAGAUGGUGGUGGGGAAGUUCGACCAGACCUUCGUCGAGAAGCGGCGGAAGGAGCUAGAGAUAUUCCUCAACAGAGUGGCCGCCCACGGGGAGCUUUCAGCCUCUCAGUACUUCAAGACCUUCCUGCAGGCGGAUGACGCCGGCCUUGCGGACACCAAGGACAAGGAGAAGGCGGAGCGGGUGCCCGUGGGGCCUCACCACGUGCUCCGCUGGUUCGGGGAGGUGGCGACUCAUGUCAAGACCCAGGUGGACAAGGUGGGGUUGGUGAACAGCCUUGCCCCGUGCGGGCUGGCGGCGAAGAAGGAGGAGACCUCCGCCAAGACGCCUGCGGACUUGAAGUUCGAGGAGAUGCAACAGUACGCGAACAACCUGGACGUUCAGAUGCAAAACGUAGCAAGGCACACAACGGCGCUGGUGAAGAAGCAGGAGCAGCUUGGCUCGACCAUGUUCGAGUUCGGCGUCGCCUUCACCCUGCUGGCAAAUGCAGAAGAGGACAAGGCGCCCCUUGGGCAGGCGCUGCUGCAGCUCGCACACGCUGCGGACGAGGUGUCCGUCCAGGUGAAGAAGCAGGCGCAGCAGGAGGCGGAGCACUUCGAGGGCCCCGUGUUGGAGUAUGGGCGCAUGACGACGGCACUCAAGACGGCCCUGCACAAGCGCAACGAAAAGAAGAUCACCUACAUGACGGCGGCUCACGACCUCGAGGCGAAGAAGGCGCACCACAGCAAGGUGGCGGGGUUGGGGGGGGACCGCCAGGACCGGGUGGCAGCGGCGGAGGACGCGGUGGCCGCGUCAACAACGGCCCUCGAGAAGGCCCGCAGGCAGUACGAGGAGGUCUCCGACCGGGUCGUUCGGGAGUUUGCGCGGUUCCGGAGGGACAAGGCGGCGGACAUGAAGAAGAUCAUCCUCGACUACGUUAACGUGCAGGUGGAAGCGACGAAGAAGCAGGAGGAGGCAUGGCAAGCUCUCAUUCCGCACAUCGAGGCCAUGGAGCUGGAGGGCAGCGGCGAGGGCGAUGGCACCGGAAUGGGAGGGCCCGACGGCAUGGUCGGGAUGUAAAAGUGUGAAUGAAAUAUACAAGGUGCAUGGAAACCGUCGACAGCAAUCAGCAGAAGGAAGACGAGGUUUGAUCAAUUAUGCACGGGUUGGUUGAGGGGGCUUUUCGUUCUCGCCGCAUGGGGGUGUGUGGCCGAAAAAGUGGGUGGAAAAGGCUUUCUCGCCUCUAGGGGAUGGGUGGAAGGACAGCGUUUUUCAAGGGAGAGCUGCGUACGGGAGUGUGAUGCUCGAGACCAGGACGGCGGCGCAAGAGGUUGGGGAAGGUGGUUUGGUGGGGUAUGUUGUCCGUGGCCACAAACAGACACAGCCUUCACAUGACCUGGUGCUGUCAUUUUUGUAGGCUACAGUAUUGCGACGAUGUUUUUGUGACGAUUCGGCCCGGAUGUGGUCGGGCCGACCAAGCGGGCCGCUUGUGGGACGGUGUAAAUUGUGGCGGCCACUGAGCAAACUCUGCCUGCUUCUCGCAGACCCGGUGUUUCUCCGAUUCUGCGUAGGUCAAGACCUUGUGCUACGUACAAGUCGCGUUUGAUUUUGGACAAGAGGCGCUUUCGUUUAUAUCUGGAAAUUUAUAUGUGUAUUUGGGGCUUGUCAGCGUCUUCACUCUCGCAUGUCUGCUAGUUUUUUGAUUUUGUCAAGUGGUGAAAGAAGCACGCUACGCGCUGUAGUUGUUCGCGUGUGAUAGUUUGCCAUGCCCCGAUUGUUGUUGUCUUUUGGUGGUAGUUCGCCGUUUUGGGCUGUAGAACAUUGUAGGUCGUAUAUGAGUGUCUGAGGUACUCGUACCCUGUUCCACAUUUUCUGUCGGGAGAAGGGACUGGGCUGGCCUAAAGUGCUGCGCGUUCGAGCGCGGUGAUCAGUUGGUUGUGGUGGCGAAGAGAAAAAAGCGCGGGACUCUCCACAAGCACACGAAAUACGCAUGCCCAUUGCGUGCGAAAAGCGUUCGGUCAGUAGGAACAAUUUUGAAGGUUUAAACUCGGGAAUGAUUGAUUGAUCCGCUUUUUGCGAACGGCAGGCUCGCCGCGCCAGGGCACGGCGCGCGUAGUGUUUAGGAGAGUCCUUGUCGCACCUGGGUUUGGUGUGGUGUUGAGACAACUUACAACAGGGGGUGUCACCAUCGCCCUUCUGUAUAGUGCCAUGAGGUAUGCAGCAGUUGCGAGCAGGUUAAUAGUGUUAUCCGGUUCUAGCUUCCAGCUACCUCGGCGUUGUUUUCCCUUCAAUCGGGGUGAUUGUUUUGCGCGUCCCCACAUCCUCGAGGCAGUUACACAGUG